CUUUGCUACAUAGUUUCCAAGGGCCAAAAUAACAAUACAAGUUGCAUCUUAAUCAAACAACAACAAACCACUCAGUUAUUAGCACAAUGCAAUACAAUCACCAACAAAGCAAUAACCAGCAGCCGGCAUCAGGCUGGGUCAACGAACGGGGCCGACCCAGAAGCUCCGAUAUUCCCGCCAGACAAGCUGGUUCCCGCCGCUCGAUCCCCGCGAUGGCAUACGACAGUGAUCUUGGGAGGUUGUCAAGCCUCGAGGAAUUUGACCAAAGAAAUUUCGUAGGCUCCCGAAGGCUCAGCGGGGCUUACGAUCACACCGGUUCCGGUUGGCACACUACCUUCGGGACCACCAGGCCUGAGGAGUCAGAUAUCUUAGCCAGUCUUAUUAAUGGACGGCCCAUUAGGGAUUACCGGGAAACCCUACCUCACAUGGCUUUCCCUAGCCAUAUCCUCGAUAUCGAGCCUGUGAGGCCUAGAGCCAUUCCCGACCCAGACGAGAUCGCUCGGUUCGAGUCCUCUAUCUUUGACCCGAAUCGCCCAUCUCCUUGGUCAACCCAGUUUAACGACGUUCGCGAACCCUCCAGGCCAAGUACGCCGGAUAUGCCUCCUGAUGAUAUUCCAUACCAGCUACAAUACUCGUCAGAAAGAGCUCCUACGCCCGAAGCGCCCGGCGUAUUUUACCCGUCGGACCAUCUCAACGGACGUUGGCAUCGGCGCAAUCGGUUCAGCCAGCCCUUCCCGCCGAAUCGCCCUACUAUAUCCAACGACACGACAAUGCUUCCCUCGGAAAGAGAUAGGCCCGCUAGUGAAGUAUUCGACCGGUUAAAUAGAGCCUAUCCAUCUACUGAAGGCCUCUUUGCCCACCCCAGAAUACCCAGCUCGUCCACUACUAAUAGCUCCGAGACCUUAUACCCCGGCCUCAGCACUCCCGUCAUGACUCCCACAUCCAACGCGUCUGACAUUGCUACCGACGCUAGCGUCUUGCGGGUUAAUGCGGUACCCGAACAGGCCGGGAAUCAGGUCGAUGAGUUGAGCACGGGCAAUGGAAGCUCUAGUACCAACGGCGAAGGUGGUGCUAGACUUGAGGGUAGCGGUCAUCCCGCGCUUAUCCCCGUCACCAUCUCGAUAUCUAUCGAGUUUGAUGACACUAUGUUUGAUAUCCAGGGUUACAACGUCACUACGAGGCCGCGAAGUAGGCGGGUCUGAGAAGAAUAGGGGGAACAAGGAGCCUGAAA